CCCCCACCCCCCUCCCCUCACCUGGCUCUUAAAGGGCCGGGCCCCUGACCCGCGGCUAUUUAAGACCGUGGGGAGGCGGCAGGCAGCUGCCGCGCUACGACUGCUCUGGAGGAGUGGACCCCGCAGACCUCCUGACCAUGUCCCCCCACAGGCUGCUGCCGCCCCUGCUGCUGCUCCCCCUGCUGCUCUCCGCGCGCCCGGGAGGCGCCUCGGUGCGGCACCCAGCCGGGUGCCCGGGGGGCUGCACUGAAGAGGAGGGCGCGGGGCUGCCGGCGGAGAGCUGUGCAGAAGCUGGGGGCUGCCUCAGGAGGGAGGGGCAGCAGUGCGGGGUCUACACUCCUAACUGCGCCCCGGGACUGCAGUGCCAGCCGCCGGAGGAAAACCAGACGCCCCUGCGGGCGCUGCUGCUGGGCCGGGGCCGCUGCCGCCAUCUUCUUGUGACUCUAGGGGAGAAUCCUAAGGAGAGUAAACCCCAAGUGGGGACCACUCGCCAACAGGACAUGAACCGCAGAGACCAACAAAGGAACCUGGGGAGCUCUACCACUCCUGCCAGGCCCAAUCCUGGGGGUGUCCAAGACACCGAGAUGGGCCCAUGCCGCAGACAUCUGGACUCAGUACUACAGCAACUCCAGACCGAAGUCUUCCGGGGAUCUCACACCCUCUAUGUGCCUAAUUGUGACCAAAGGGGCUUCUACCGGAAACGGCAGUGCCGCUCCUCACAGGGGCAGCGCCGAGGUCCCUGCUGGUGUGUGGAUCGGAUGGGCCAGCCCCUGCCAGCAUCCUCGGACAGCAAUGGAGGCUCCUCUUGCUCCACCGGGAGCAGCGGCUAAGGCUGGAUGGGGACCCACAGGGCUGUUGGCAGGAGCAUGGGGCUGUCAUAUUGGGUCAUUUGUUGAGUAAUAAGUAACUCAAGGGCCCUGAGUCCCACAUUCCACCUUCAGGCCCUGCCCUAUUGUCCCCCUCAUCCCUGGGCAUCACACAUGGAAAGAUUGUUGCUGUUGGCUUGGGGUGUUAAUAAAGCUUGGGGGUCUCUGGUCUA